AUGGCCCCCGCAAACCUUCCCGCGGCAUUCAAUGCCACCAACCAGGAUAUUGAGAUGAUGCUCGCAGCUCAGUGCCAUCUCGGCUCCAAGAACUUGCAGGUGCAUAUGGAGCCGUACCUCUGGAAGACUCGCCCUGACGGUAUCAACGUUAUCAACAUUGGCAAGACCUGGGAGAAGAUCGUCCUCGCAGCCCGCAUCAUCGUCGCCAUCGAUAACCCCGCCGACAUCGCCGUCAUCUCCGCACGUCCCUACGGCCAACGCGCCGUGCUCAAGUUCGCCGCACACACAGGCGCCGUCGCCAUUGCCGGGCGCUUCACCCCGGGUAACUUCACCAACUACAUCACCCGAUCCUUCAAGGAGCCACGCCUGAUCAUCGUCACCGACCCGCGCACCGACGCCCAGGCCAUCAAGGAGGCCUCCUACGUCAACAUCCCCGUCGUCGCCCUCUGCGACACCGACUCCCCGACCGAGUACGUCGACAUCGCCAUCCCGACCAACAAUAAGGGCCGCCACGCCAUUGGCCUCAUCUGGUGGAUGCUGGCGCGCGAGGUCCUGCGCCUACGCGGCACGCUCGCUUCCCGCGAGACUGAGUGGGACGUCAUGACGGAUCUGUACUUCUACCGCGAUCCUGAGGCUGAGGAGAACAAGGACGCUUCCGGCCUUGACGAGGCUAAGCAGCCCGGCGCCGACGACGUUGGCCCUGCUGCUGUCGAGUCUGGCUUCAACAAUGAGUGGGAGGUCUCGGGCGGCACAGCCGGCCAGUUCGCUGCUGCUUCGGCUCCUGGUGCCCCGGCUGCGGGCGCGAGCUGGGAUGCUGCUGAUGGUGCUGACUGGGCUGAGGGCGCUGCGCCGGUGGAGACGGGUAACCAGGGCUGGGACGCUGCUGGCGGGAACGAGAACACCCAGUGGUAG